UAUAAAAGCCAACAUAAAUACGUUCGUGCUCACAUUUCCACGGCAACAAUGCGGAGUGCUGCAAUAAAUUUUUUAGUAUAUCUUAGUUUUUGGCGCUACAGCCAUGCUAUGGAACCGCUGCAGGCGCCGUUGCAGUCAUCGGUGCAGUCACCGUUCAUCACCUCCACCAACACCAUCCAAACGUUCUAUAGGAACCCAUUUGAGAACUUUACCGCGCUUACAAACCAUCAACCGUUACUCUAUGCCAUGCCCCGUCAACUCUUUGGUGGUUUUAAUUUUGGUUUCGGUUCGAAUGGCUGCAAUUGCCCUCCCGGUCCUCCUGGCUUGCAAGGUCCUACUGGUCAAACUGGUGCCGACGGCGAUCCGGGUGAGAAGGGUCCACCAGGCGAUCCUGGUGAUAUGGGCCUUGUAGGCAGGCCUGGUCAACGUGGCAACGAUGGUCGUAAUGGUGUACGUGGUCCGGUUGGGGAGAGUGGUCGUCGUGGACCGCGCGGUUUUACUGGUCUUCCUGGCCCAAGAGGUCCACGUGGUCCACAAGGUGCACCCGGACCAAGAGGGUUACCAGGAGCUAAUGCGUCGCCAGCAUCGCGUCAUGCUAAUUAUAAUGUUGCCGAUUUUGAAUAUGAUAUACCUGAAUAGGAGGGUAGUGAAG